ACAUACAUACAUGGUCAAAGUGCCCUCCUAACCAUGCUUGGCUACGCGACGCGAUAACUCCUGGUGCACGCGCCUCCGCGUCGAUGGAGCUCUUUGCGCGAGCUGGCCGCUUUUCGUAUUACUCGUUUACAGGCAACGCGAUGGGUUCUAUGGCGAGAGGAAUGAUCUCGUUCAGGUCGAUUCGCCGGUUCAGCCGAUUAGCGAACAGCAGACCGGCUAACCUGAUCAGACAGGAAUUUCUAGAUUACUUCACGAAGGAUCUAAAGCACAGCUUUAUACGCUCCAGUCCCGUUUCCUCGAUCACCGAUCAGUCCCUGAUGUUCAUCAACGCAGGCAUGAAUCAAUUUAAAGGGAUCUUCUUGAAUUAUUACGAACCCCCUGCGACGAGGGUUGCGAACUCGCAGAAGUGCAUCAGGGUUGGUGGCAAGCACAAUGAUUUGAGUGUCGUUGGCAACGACAGUUAUCACCACACCUUCUUCGAGAUGCUCGGCAACUGGUCCUUCGGAGAUUAUUUCAAAGAGGACGCCUGUUCGUACGCCUGGGAUUUGUUAACGAACGUAUACGGCAUACCCGAAGAACGCCUGUACGUGACAUAUUUUGGCGGAAACGAGGAGCUAGGAAUUAGUCCGGAUCUGGAGUGCAAGGACAUUUGGUUAAGGCUUGGCCUACCGGAAUGCAAGGUCUUGCCUUUCGGUAUGCGAGACAAUUUCUGGGAAAUGGGGGUGUCAGGCCCUUGCGGGCCUUGCACGGAGAUACACGUUGACUACGUGAAACGACCGGCUAAUCAAGCCGAUCGAGUGAACAAGGGAUACGCCGAUCUCAUGGAGCUAUGGAAUAUAGUUUUUAUCCAAUACGAGAGGCUUGCGAAUGGAUGUAUAGUACCUUUACCAAACCAUCAUGUUGAUACAGGCAUGGGACUUGAACGAUUGGUUACCUUGUUGCAAGGGAAAAUGUCCAAUUAUGAUACAGACCUCUUCCAGCCGUUGUUCGACGCGAUACGAAAGCACUCGCGCGCGCCAGAGUACAGGGGAACGUUUGGUGAUGACGAUGCGGGCAGAAUUGACUACGGUUACAGGAUUCUAGCUGAUCACGCAAGAAUGAUUACUGUUGCAUUGGCCGACAAUAUGUUACCCGAACAACACCCGAAGUUGCGGAGAGUAUUGCGAAAUGCGAUAGGUGUAGGGGAGAAGGUCUUCAGAAAAUCUGGCAUAAUUUCAGAACUUGCCUGUGACGUAGCUGACAAUCUGGGUGUAACUUAUCCAGAAUUGCAUACUAAUUUGAAACAGGUGCAAAGGGUAAUAGAUUUUGAAGAGGAUCUGUUGAAGAGAUUACGGAAUACUUCUGGCAAAAUGUGGAGUAAGAUGAUUGAAACUCGUCGCGAAUUGGCGGCGAUCACCGAUUGGAUGGCUCCCGGUCUGGUUGACGGCUAUAAAGAUCUACAGUCCGCAUUGAAAGGAUUACGCAAAACCAACGUGUUACCCGGGAGUGUCGCGUUUAAGCUGUACGAUACAUACGGUCUCAACUCGGAGACUAUAGCGGAACUAGCGCAGAUCGAAUCUUUACACUUCGACGAGGUUGAUUUCGAAGAGCAGCUUAAUAUUCGUAGAUAUCAAUCGAGGCUUGGAUUGGACAAACAUAGUGCUGUAAUUACUAAAGAGUCAUUGGGGAUACUUGAAGAAAAUCGUGUACCUAAAACAGACGAUUCAUUCAAGUAUAGUUACACAUACGAUGGAAAUACCUACGAGUUUCCAGCGCUUAGCAGUAAACUCAUUGGCUUUAUUCUCAAUGGAGAAUUAGUUGCUAGUAAAAGCUAUUCCGAUAUUACGAUAGUUAAUAAUGCUGACAAUAAAAUAGCUGUCGGUGAGGUGAUAAACAGUGCAGAUGAGAUUGGAAUUAUAUUGGACAGGACUGUGUGUUAUUCGUUGGAAGGCGGCCAGGUUUCAGAUAGAGGGAACAUUCGUGUUAAAAAUCUACUUUUUAAUGUAGACAAUGUCAGGAAGGUAAACGGUUAUGUAAUUCAUUCUGGACGUUUCGCCGAAACAGACUUACCCACGUCAGAGCUACAUUUACAAAUAGAGGACGAUUGUUUGGUCAGCGUAGAACCGAAUAUUCGCGUUGGAGCAAUGAAACAUCAUACAGCCGCACAUCUGUUAAAUGCAGCUUUAAAGAAAGUUAUGCAAGUAGUUUAUCAACGUGGAUGUACAGUCGAUGCGGAUAAUUUGAAGUUUCAGUUCAACUCGUUUGGCGAACAGCUCACGUCGGAACAAAUGAGGACGGUAGAAGAUUGCAUUAACAAUGUCAUACAGUCUCGUGCUGCAACGACUGUACAGACUGUAAAUUCGCUCGAUCUGUUAAAGCAAAAUGACGUUACGUUAGUUCCUGGGGAGAUAUAUCCUUACACAGACAUUAAAGUCGUAGAAAUCAAUACCGACAACUUGAAAGCGAAGGAAACGUGCUGUGGUACGCAUGUUCAUAAUACAGGUGUGUUACAACACUUUUGUUUCUUAUCGUAUGCCUCCAAGGGAGCAACGAAACGCAUUGUUAAGGCCGUUGUUGGCCCGGGAGCCUUACGUAUGAAGCAAGCUGGCGAGAGGAUGUGUCAGAGAAUUGCAGAGCUAGAAGACACUUCGCAAAGUGGUGAAUUCGCGUACGAGACAUUUAACGUUGAAACAAAUCGGAUAAAACAAGAGAUCAAUGAUCAGCACGUACAAGUACCGUUACCUUACUUGGUCAAAGAGAAAUGUUUGACAUAUCUCGAGAAUUUGAACAAGAUUGUGUGGCUACGAGAGAAAGAAAGCGAAAGAGAUUCUAUAAUUCGUGAGAUCACUAACGCCACGGAUUCGUCAUCUUGUUUUAUCGUGCACUGCUUGAAUAAAAACCCCACAUAUUUGUCAUUGCACGAAGUUACGUCGCUCUUUUCCGGAGUGCCAAUGUUGGUUCUAUCCUGUACGAAUGAAUUUGUAAAAGCAAGAUGUUCCAUACCGCAGGAAACCGCCUCAAGUACAUUUAACGCACAAACUUGGAUGAAUGUCAUUCUUCAAAUCUUUAAUGCAGAGCAUGGGCCUGUUAAGGGAUUCAAACCCAUGCUAGUCGCGAGUAUGAAAUCUACAAAGGUGUCACAGGAUCUUCAGAUACGUAUGGAAAGAGCGAUUGCAGAGGCCAUCAAAUAUGCGGCCACACAUGUAAAGAAAGUUGAACCCGUUACUAGCAAGACUCGCUAAGAUGCAGGUCGUACAUGUCUCGUGUAAAACUGCUUCAGCGCAGACCACUGGGCUGUAUGGAGCAGUACGUGUGGUCU